AUGAAAUAUACUGAACAGUCAUACCUCGACACCCACCUCCCCCUCACCAAGUCCUUUGUCUCAGAAACCCUCCCCCGCGCCCCGAUCCUCGCCGUCGCCAAAUCAAAUGCCUGUAAAGCCACGGAAGCACAUGCGCUUGUCCGGCGUGUCGACGAGCGCAUCGCCUCACACGCUACGGCCGCCGCAGAGCUAAAGGAAUACGUAUCGCAGCUAUCGUCCAUGAGCGCUGAUAUCGACGUUGCCGCGAAGCAAGCCAAAUCGAUACAAACCCAGCUUCUCGAACUGGAAGGCAUGCUCUCCUCUGCCGGAAGCGGCGAGUUGAUUGAGUUACAGGCCGCCGAAGACGCACGGUUUGAGGCCGUUGCCCGCGAAAAGAGGAAGAGGCUUGCGGAGGUACAGAGGGCGUACGAUGAACAGCUUGAGGCCUUCCAGAAAGAGCGGGUGAAAUUAUUGGCAGCCCAGGGAGGUACGGCUGGAAAGGGAAAGGGGAAGAGGCGGGUUUUGCCUGUCGGACGGGGCCUGGAGGAGGUGGCUAUUACUACUGACGAAACGGCGUCGGGGCUGGAGGAUUUCUUUGGGGGGAGUGACGAGCGGAUAGGAGAGCAGAACGAGGCCGUGCCGGCGGAGAGUACGAGUGAUUCCAGGAGAGUGGGGAAAGGGAAACAGAGAGAGAUCAAGCCCGCGGAACGAUCUAGACCAACGGCCGCGGCGCCAGCAAAGAAGAAAGGGAACCAUGCUAUCAUGGCGGAUGAGGAUAUCGACGAGGAGGAGGAAAUGAUGGCGUUUUAUGGACGGUGAUUCGGUAGAACUUUCCACGCAAUCCGGCGAUGGGUAAUGGGCAUAAAGGGAGCGCUCUGUUGGGCGGGCUGGAAACCACCACUGCUAGUCACUCGCUCAGAAUCCAGUCCAAACAUAUUCAACAUGAACGAUCCACUCGUGAUCAUGAUAUCGCGGAUCUUCGUUCGCAGCCC